UUAAAUACUUCUUAGUGCAGUAAUAGUGUGAUACUGUGAUCAAGUUGACAUUGGCUCAGCUGUCCCUUUUGGUCGAGGUGUUCGUUUCUCGCGUGCCAUUGAGGCAGAUUAUUUGCUAUUACAAUGGGUUUCGUCAAGGUAGUCAAGAACAAGCAGUACUUUAAAAGGUUCCAAGUCAAGUUCAAGAGGCGUCGUGAGGGUAAAACCGACUACUAUGCCAGGAAGCGACUUAUCGUCCAGGACAAGAAUAAGUACAACACCCCUAAGUACCGACUCAUCGUUCGGUUUUCCAACAAGAAUAUCACCUGCCAGGUUGCGUACAGCAGGAUCGAAGGGGACAAGAUAGUCUGCGCUGCGUACAGUAAGGAAUUGCCCCAGUACGGUAUCAAAGUUGGUCUCACCAACUACGCUGCGUCAUACUGCACUGGUCUUCUCCUUGCAAGAAGGCUUCUGCAAAAGUUGAAACUCGACAAGCUGUACAAAGGUUGCACAGAGGUUAACGGUGAUGAAUACAAUGUCGAGUACUCUGGUGAAGGCCCAGGUGCUUUCCGAUGUUACUUGGAUGCUGGCCUUAUGAAAACUAGUGCUGGCGCUAGGGUCUUUGGAGCUCUUAAGGGUGCUGUCGAUGGAGGACUCAACAUCCCUCACACCACAAAGAGGUUUCCUGGAUUUGACGCAGAGUCGAAAGAAUUCAAUGCCGAAGUUCAUCGCAAACACAUCUUUGGAAUCCAUGUAUCUGACUACAUGAAGCAACUCCAGGAAGAAGACGAGGAAGCGUACAAAAGACAGUUCUCGCAGUAUAUAAAACACAAUAUUUCUCCUGAUUCAAUUGAAGAGCUUUACAAAAAAGCUCACGCUCUUAUUCGUGCUGAUCCUGAGAAGAAGAAGGUUGAAAAGAAACAACCUGUCACCAAGAAGAGAUGGAACAGAGCUAAAUUGUCAUUGGCCGAGAGGAAGAACUCCAUCGCCCAAAAGAAAGCUUCUUUCCUCAAGAAGAUCGAGGGAGAAAAGGAGGCUUAAAUAAAUUGGCUUUUAAGAUUUUUAAUAAACAAGAUGUUUCUUUAUUAU